AUGGCGUCUCCACAACCUAAGAGCAAUGAAACGUUUUACUAUUCGAACAUAUCCAAUGUGAGGGAGGACAGCGGGAAGGGAUCGACGAACGGUGCAGGUGCGCCGAAACGAGACGGAUCUUUUGAAAGAAAGGACAGUGAUAAGCUGCACUCGGAAAAGUAUGUGUGGUGCUUCUACAACAACAUGUACAAGAAGAUGGAGACAUGCGGAUUCAGCGAAUCGGAAAAAGCUUAUACCCUUAAGAGAAAAGGAGAGACCCUGGAGAAUGUUCCCGCAGAGAAGGUCAUCCCGUGCCUGAAGGAGCACAUCCAGUUAGACAGCGAAAACAACGUCGACAUAAUACAACUGAAUGAACCCAACGUGCUAGAGAAUUUAAAAAACCGAUACGCGAAGAACAAGAUAUACACCUUCCAUGCGUCCCUCUUGCUGGCCAUAAACCCGUACAAGCAGAUCGAGGGACUCUACGGGGUGAAGAGUAUGAAUCGGUAUUUGAACAAAUUUGGGACGGGUUGCCUAAAAAGAGGCAAGAACAGCAACCUCAGUGAUAAGCGUAGCGGCCCUGCCCACAUCUACGACAUCGGGAACAUGGCCUACAGGAAUAUGGUGCUGAAGAGGAAGCGGCAAACCAUCGUCGUCUCUGGGCACAGCGGAAGUGGGAAAACGGAAAAUUGUAAAAUUCUGUUCAAGUACUUUCACUACAUUUUCUUCCACAAAAAUGGGGGGAGCCGGGGAGGAGAAGAACACGGGGCAGACAGCACAGAGGAAGAGGAAGGCGUGAAAGCAAAAGCAGACGUAGAUGCAGAGGCAGAUGCAGACGUUGAAUUGGCAGGCGUCGUGGCAAACCGCCGACGGAUCGACAAGCUAAUAUACAUUAACAGCAUCAUCGAGGCCAUGAGUAACGCCAAGACGAUCAAGAACAACAACAGCAGCAGGUGCGGACGCAUUAACGACUUGGUGUUUGAGGAGAGGAAGAAGACAGACGAGACCAUCUUCCAUUACUGCUUCUCCUAUAUUAAGAUUCUGAUCCUCCUGCUGGAAAUAAAUCGGUGCAUUAGUCACAACAAGGGGGAAAGGAAUUUUCACAUUUUCUACCAAGUCAUUAGGGGGUUGACCGAUGCCCAGUUGGGUGAGAGGGGGCUGGUGCGGGACGUUCAUCGGUACAGGAUUCUCACCUGUUCCAACGAUUGUGAUACUGUAUUUUCCACUGAUGAAUCUGCCCCUGAGGAGGAGCGGAAAGACGAGAAGAAUUUUCACCAUCUGUUGGAUGGCCUGAGGUACAUACAGUACGACGAAGGUAGGAUAAGUGAGCUCGUAGAUGUGAUCGCUGGGGUUAUUCACUUGGGGCAGAUUGAUCCCGGUGGGGAAGAAAACGAUGAAAAAAUGGACAAUGAGGAGUUCGACGUGUCGAACCCAAACAGUGAUAGCUACAAAAAUGCAUGCGCCUGUUUGCGGUUGCCCGUUGCUGAUCUACGGAGCAUGAUCAGGUUCAAAUGUAUUCACGUCUCAGGGGAAAGGAUCAGAACCCAUCGGAGUAAGGACAAUUCGAUGUACACUCUACACAGCUUAAUAAAGGUGAUAUAUAAGAACCUAUUUAGCAAAGUGGUGAAUGACAUAAAUCGGACGCAUCUAUCCGAUAAGGAGAGUGAAGAAAUUAUGAAUGAGUCUGUAUACUCCAAGAAUAAUAACAUCAUUUCGAUUCUGGACCUAUACGGGUUCGAGGAUCUACUUUCCAAUGACUUUGAGCAGCUCUGUAUCAAUCUAGCCAAUGAAAAGUUAAACAAUUACUACAUUCUGAACGAAGUAGAGAAGGAGAAGCUCAUCCAUAGGGAGGAGAAUAUCCUUUGGAAGGAGGUUCCUAUUCCUAAUUAUAAGGACACGAUCCAUUUUGUGGAAAAAUUAUUCUCACAUCUGGAUGAUAUAACGAAGCUGAAUAGCUCUGGACAGAAGAAAGGGGACGAGAAUUUCUUCUCCUACCUGCUGAAUAAUGAGAGGAGCUAUCUGGAGAAGGGCACGUACGGCUUUGUCAGCAGCAGGGAUGGCACCCACACGGAUAAAAGGCAUAGCAUACAGAGGAAUGUGUUCUUUGUGAGGCACUACGCGGGGUGCGUGGUCUACACGGUGAACGACUGGAUAAGGAAGAACAGCGACCGGGUCGAGGGGGAGAUAGAGGAGUUGAUUGGCCAGUCGGGCAACUCGUUCCUUCACCGGGGGGCAACAACAAGUGGACAUGGUGAUCCAGUCAGGGGGAGCACCCAAGCAGAACCAACCAUUCCCCCCUUCAGGGGUGAAGUAGGUGUGAGUAAAUUACAAAAUAAGGAUGACGUAGCCCAGCGAAGUGACGCAAACUGCUUUUUGGCCUCCACAAGGGGGGUACCCACUACGGAGAGCAGCCACCCCACCUGCAACAAGAGCAUUCUGAGUGUUAGUAAAAAGUAUAUAAAGGAGCUAGACAAGUUAUUCUGCAACAUGGAAAAGACGGACCUCCAUUACAUUAGGUGCAUACUGCCAAACGAGCAGAUGAGGGAAGACAACUUCAAGAGGAGACUUAUCUACACGCAGUUGAAGCAAUGUGGAGCGAUUGAAAUGGUGAAAAUUGUAAAUAGAGGAUUGUCCCACAAGGUGCUCAAAGGAGAGUUCCUAGACAGGUGCGUUAAGGAUAUUCCGAAAGAGCUGCAACACUGUAGGCAGGAUGACAUCGUUUACUACUUCAUGCGCCUAUUUGGGGAGAAACGCACCUUCCAGUUGGGAACCAAUUACAUUUUCAUGGGAUCAAGUGUGUACACAGAGGUGCAUGCCUACUUGUAUGGUGAUCACUCCGAUCGGAUCGGUAGUCAUCCCCCUAUGGAUGGGAGAAAAGAAAAAAUCCUCCAAGAAAUAAGAGCCAUGCGGUUUAGGAGGUCCGUCUUAGUGGUAAGGAUACACAACUGGAUGAACAGUCACUAUAGGAUCUACUUGAAUAAAAAAAAAAAAAUGAAGGAAAAGGCCUGCGACUAUAUGUUUAAAGUGUAUUUAAUUUUUAAGACGGUGAUGAGUGUGAAGAGGAGUCUGGGUUACAACGUCCGUCGAUUGGAGAGGGUGCUGGCGGGGAAGGCGUACGGCGGGUUCUUCAAGCAGGUAAGGACGGUGAGGGGGGGAAAGUACAAGAAGGGGGGGAUCCCCUUCGGCGGAGCAGUGCGUUCGAAGGUUCGUGCGGGGGAUGGCACUAAAAAAGACACAAAAGAGGAAGGCAAUAAAGAGGACAUUAAAGAGGACACUAAGGAAGAUACUAAGGAAGACACUAAGGAAUGCACUGAAGAAGGAUCAGUACCGAACUUGCACCCACCCCCUUGCGAUAAUGCAGACACAAACGGGCUGACCAACGUGGCGCCGGAAAUAUUUGUGGCCACCCCGGAUAAUUACCACCACGUGUAUAAUAACAUCGACUGGGUGGUAAUAUUCCUAGAGAAGAAGGUGCACCUGUACAACGUUGGUUAUACCUUCGAGCGGGUGUGCAAAAAGUACCUUCCAAAUUUUGAUGCCGUCACGGUGAGGAAACUUCCUAGAGGAGGUGACUCUCCCCAUGCACAGUUUGAUAUAGACAACCACAUACCUCCCCCCAUUCAUUGUAUUGGCCAGCACCCCCUCUACAAGAAUAUAUUCCUAGCGGUGGACGCGGACUUAUCUGUGCGUAUCUUUACCUACCCCACGUUGGAUUCCAUUAAAAGUUUCCUAAAAAGGAAGAUCGAGUUGAUGAAGCGGGGGAGUGAGGACAUACCCAGCACGUACCUGCCGCAGUUGCAUCGGAGUAGGAGAUUUGCAGCACCCUCAGGAGGAACGACGCAGUCAACCCAACCAACCCAACCAGGUGACCUCUUCAGCGAGGAAAACCUUAACAUGUUCAUGCAUAUGUAUAAAGAUGUGUAUGUAUUAAGCUCGUUAGGCAAACCAGCAGGGGGGGGAGAAGUCACGGAAGGAGGGGACGCGGAACCACACAUGAAAACAACGCGAAGAAAGCGAGAAGAGUGCACCUUACUCAAGCGAAUAAAAAAAGAAGAAUACAUGGAAGAGGAUAUGUACUCUAACCCUUCCUUUAAAAUUAUAAAGGUGACCUUCUUCCCAACAACCCUUAGCCACUUCAUGUGUCUAUCCUACGCACAGAUAGGACAGGACCAUUACUUGCUGGUCACCUUAGUGAACUGCUUCUCCAAGCCGAUCUACCAUUACACGACGAAAAUUAACAUAAGCAACUCUAUCCAGAAUGAGCACUUUAGGAGGUUCUUUCUACAAUGGUGUGAUGACUCUCUUCCUAACGGUGCAAUAGAAUCGGUCAGCAGAUGCCCCGUGGAGGGAAGCAAACUCCCCCCAGGGGAUGAAAACGAAGAAGAGAAAAAAAAAACUUACCUGGACAAGUAUCUCAGUACAAUAAAAAUGUCUGUAAUUAACAACUCACAUGUGGUUAUUCACGGAGCGUGUCUUCUUUCCCUGGUGGAAGUACAGCGUUACGAAAUGUGCUCUGCAGAAGUGUCUAUACGCGAUUAUGAAUACAGGUAUUUGCGCGUGGUAUUCAACCUGAUGUGCUUUGAAGUCUUUAGCCACGUGUGGGAUGAGCAUUUGGGGAAAUUGUCCCACGAUCUGAAGCACAACUUGGUUGUGGAUGAUCUGUUUGGGUGGGGUGAAAAGCGGAAUAGCAGGCCGCAGCGGAAGAAUACUCGCAUUUGCCUGAACGGGUCAGCUAAUCUUGAUACGUGUGCCAACUUGGGAGGACCUCGUGGCGAAGUGGUGAAGCAGGUCUACGAAACAGCCCUGCGGGAACCGUCCUCCGAUCGCUCCUUUUAUGUAUUUUCCCCACGGGGCGAAAUAUACCUGUUGACGAAUGGCGGGCAGGCGGGUUCUCCUGAGGACCUCUUUCGCCACGGCCCUUGGGGGAUUCGCAAAUUCUCAUUCAGGCGGUCAAAGAGGGAGGAAGCCACAACGGAAGGGCCAAAUGGGGAGAGUGAAAACGAAGGGAAAGACGUCCCACCGUGCAGUUACUACGGAAUCUUCCACAUGAAUGUUAGCUACUUUUACAAACAGGAGUAUUACAAAAGUUUCGUAACGUUAAAUCCGUCUGUUCAGGCGACAAUUAGAAAAUAUGCCUCCAGUGACGAGGCAGUCAUGGGGGUGAGCAGAUGCAUCAGAACAUCCUUCCUCCCCGAUGUGUGCAUUUUGCGUGAGUGGCAGGGUGGCCAUUUCGGGGGUGUGAAGCGGGACUGCCUCUACUACAGUCUGAAGAAUGGUGGGGAGGCCAUGACCCUCUGCCAAGGGGAGGGGCAACCGCCGCCCCUGCCUGAUAACUCGACCACCCGUGCGUGCAGUCCUCUGGGCCACUUGGAUACCCUAUUACUUCUGAGACAUAACAACAGGGACGGUUCCUACGCACUGGAGUUUUUCAACAUAGUGAGUGGAAAGGGGAAAGUGGUUCCCCUGGAAUGA